AAGGCCACUUGCAGCAAAAUGAAUAAAUCUAUUGAUAGUUUAAUUAAAAACAAUUUGAGUGGAAAAGUAUUAGAGGAUUUUAACAGAAUCUAUUAUGGAAAAAAACACCAUAGUGUCCUAGUGUUAGAUUCAACAAAUGAACUUGAUUUCGAAAUCGCUGGUUAUAGCCUUCCCGCGGAAAAGGAGCAACUGCGACAACCAAGGAUUGUAAGGUUAGGUCUUAUACAGCACUCCAUUGUUUUGACAACUGAUUCACCGAUAAUUGAUCAAAGACAAGCAAUUUUCGAUAAAGUAAGGAACAUAAUUAAUGCUGCAGCUCUAGAGGGUGUCCAAAUAUUAUGCUUACAAGAGACAUGGUCAAUGCCCUUUUUUUUAUGUACAAAAGAGAGAACAAAAUGGGGAGAGUUUGCUGAAUCAGCUGAAUAUGGUCCAAGUACAUUAUUUCUUAGCGAAUUAGCUGCUAAAUACAAAAUGGUUAUCAUAUCACCGAUCUUGGAAGUUGACGACGAGGGUGUGUGGUGGAAUACAGCAGUAAUAAUAAACGAAAAAGGAGAAUACAUAGGAAAACAUCGCAAAAAUCAUUUACCCAGCGUCGGUAGUUUUAGUGAAAUAUCAUAUUAUUCUCCUGGCAACACCGGUCAUAUGGUUUUUGAUACGAACUAUGCAAAACUCGCUGUAAACAUUUGCUAUGGACGACAUCAUGCACUGAACUGGUUAAUGUUUGGUCUUAAUGGGGCAGAGAUAGUUUUUAAUCCUUCAGCUACAAUAUCAGAAUUUGGAGAAACAUUCUGGGGUAUUGAAGCAAGAAAUGCUGCCAUUGCAAAUAAUUAUUUCACAUGUAGUAUAAAUAGGGUUGGAAAAGAAGAAUUUACUGUUGGAUCUGAAAAUAAUAUAACAAGAUCGUACUACGGUUCUAGCUACAUCACGGCUCCAGAUGGGUGCAGAACUCCAAGUCUAUCAAAAACAAGGGAUGGAUUACUUAUUACCGAAAUAGAUUUAAAUAUGUGCCGACAGUUAAAGGAUCAAUGGGGUUUUAGCAUGACUUCUCGGCUGGACAUGUAUGCCGAAAAUCUAAUAUCAUACAUUACAAAUCAUUGUACAAACAAUCAAUAAAAGAAUUAUUGGUAUUUA